GCUAUCCCUUCAACGAUGUGUGCCAGUGGUUCAUCGAUCGUGCCGACCUCAUCUUCGUGACCUUUGACCCCACCAAGCUGGACGUGGGCCUGGAGCUGGAGAUGCUCUUCCGCCAGCUGAAGGGCCGUGAGUCCCAGAUCCGCAUCAUCCUCAACAAGGCAGACAACCUGGCCACCCAGGACUUGAUGCGUGUCUACGGUGCCCUCUUCUGGUCGCUAGCACCCCUCAUCAACGUCACAGAGCCCCCAAGGGUCUACGUCAGCUCUUUCUGGCCUUUCGACUACGCACCCGACACCAGUCGCGAGCUGUUUAAGCGCGAGGAGAUCUCCCUCUUGGAAGACCUAAACCAGGUGAUCGAGAACCGCAUGGAGAACAAGAUCGCCUUCAUCCGCCAGCAUGCCAUCCGGGUGCGCAUCCAUGCACUUCUGGUGGACCGCUACGUUCAGACCUUCAAGGACAAGAUGAGCUACUUCAGUGACCCGGACCUGGUGUUCAAGGAGAUCGUGGACGACCCGGACAAGUUCUUCAUCUUCAAGUCCAUCCUGGCCAAGACCAAUGUGAGCAAGUUCGACCUGCCCAACCGUGAAGCCUACCAGGACUUCUUUGGUGUGAAUCCGAUUGGCAGUUUCAAAUCCCUGUCCGCCCAGUGCUCCUACUCAGGUGGCUGCCUGCUGGACAAGAUCGAGAAGGCCAUCACCAGUGAGCUGCCGGGUCUUCUAAGCAGCAUCAACCCAGGCAAGGCCCCCCCCGGCCUGUCCUCCUGCGAGGCCACUGGAUGCGGAGACAAGCCUAAGAACCGCUAUCGGAAAAACUGAUAGAAUACGAGAGAGAGGAGGAGGGAAGAGAAGAAAGGAAGAAGAGGAGGUGUGAAGGAGUGAUAAAGGAAAAAGUGGAACGGUGACAUUGGUCAGACCCCGGUCUUGUCAGAAGCCUGUAAUGUUGUUGUUUGAGGAGACAGAGAAGGGAAGGGUUCAUUUAGAGGGUUGUUUCUCAGGAGAACAAGAGGUGGUGGUGUGUUGAGGGUUUGGGGAGAGGAAGAGAUGGAGGGAGGAAGGGUUUGUGUGUAUGAUUUGGCAGCUGAGAAUAAUAGUUGCUUGGAGAGAUGAGAAGAUUACAGAAUAACUCAUCUCCCUCCUCUCUUCCUUGCACAACCACAAUGAACUGUCUGUGAUUGCAGGAAAAAUAUGUAAAAUUGUAUUUAAAAAAAAUUGUGAGACUGAAACAGUCAACCACCAGCUCCCUUGUAUGUGAAUAAAAUGGGAAAUUGGAAACAGGAGUUGCCAAUUUGUUUUACAAAAUCUUAUUUGAAAAAUGCAUUGCAGCAGGUCUCAAUUCUCUGCGACGUUCUUUGUCUUUCUUUUUGAAGUCUGGGUUCAGUCCUUUCCACAGACAUUAGAUCUGGAUCUUUUUUCUCUCCUAUGAAGGCAUUAUAAGCUCAGCCUUUAGGUGGAAUAACACUGUCAAGAUACCUUUUAACACUGCAUGUUAGAUGACAGAUGGUAUUUAUUUAACAACAGAUGAUAUCAUAGGUGCAUGUAUUUUCCUUUCUCACUUUGAACUUUCAAUAAUGUUCCCUUAAACAACUGACAAACCUUAUGGUGCAGUCCCAACAAACUCUAUGUACGGUGCUGUAAGAUGGUCCACUCUCUUGGCCAUCUUUGUUUUAUAUGCUUCUUCUUGCUCUCAGGUUGUUGACAGCCUGUGAUAUGAGCAGAGACGAAAGAGGAAGCAAGACAUCCUACUCCCUUAUUUUUUCUGGUUCAUAUGCAGUCCAUGAACUAAGUAGACCAGACCCAGCUGUUAUCACAUUGGUGUCUAUGGGAGAACACCCCUUAAGCAGACCAGAACUGUGACCAUUUUAUUCAAUGGUAAAAGGCCUGAGUGGGACAUCUUCAUUUAUCCACUAUCUUUUAUAUGAGCAGUGUCUUGAAUGCAGAUGUCAGGGUCAUGAUCUUCACAUCCUAUUGGUGGUAGGGAGGGGUGAUGGGGUGGGGUUUUGGGUGUACUCUGAUUCACUUCUUAACUAUGCUUACUUUGCUGUUGUUGUUUGAGUAUAUACAUUUGCUAGCUUAGUUGCCAGGUCUGUUUGUGCUUUAGCCCUUCUAUCAUAUCGCAUGACAAAGUACAAACAGAGAAGAGUUGGCUAAAGCACAAACAAGUCUGGCAACCCAUCCACGAAUCUUCCAUUGUCUGAUAGGAAUUCAAUAUUGUAUUUCAAAAUUUUCUUUCUCCUUUAAAAUGAUACGCUUGCCAGCUUUUUAGCUGAAUGACCAACAGGAUAUAAAAGUGAAACAUGUUACAUGAAUGAUGGAGAACCUUCUCAUGGAGUGACAGUAAAUAAACCAAAUGUUGUGUUUGAGUGUGACAUGUAUGACUUUAUCCAUUUCUUCUGCAGGUUAGCGAGCCAUUUACAGGUCUUGUAAUAAUUAUGUAUCUUUCAUCCCCACUGUACAUAGCUCAACAUAGGUAAUUGAUUACACGAGUAGCCAAUCAUUACAAAACAUAGAUUGUUACACAGUUAUAUAUUUAUUACACAGUAUAAUGACACAUUGCAACACACAGAAACUAGUGCCAAGAGGUUGUAUUGGGUUUUCUGAGAAAGAUUGUUGAGUAACUCCCUCUCAGAGGAUGCAUCCUUCAGUUCAAGUUUAAUUUAUUGCCUUCAUGCGCUCUAGAACAGUGGGACUUCCUCUGCUCUUUAGGGAGAGGUAAAGAAGAGAAGUAGAAGGGAGGAGUGAACAGAUUCAUGACUAUUGGCAGCCCUUUGACCCCUGACCUCUGUGAGAGUUGAGGGCUGUGGGUAGAAGUCACCCAAAGGCUCAGAUCUAGGAUCAGCUUACCCUCACCUAACCUUAACCAUCAGGGGGAAGAAUGCAACACUGACCUCAGAUCAGGGUCUCGGUGCACCUUCAUCCUCCUCUAAGCUGAGGCUGCUGAGCUGAACUCUCCUGCUACAGCCAGGUGGGGAUCAACUGGGGUCUAUUCAGUGAUGUGGAACAUUCUAAAUGUUGUUGAUUGAAGUAGAAUGAAUAGAGCUGACGUGAUUCCCUGUUCUAUCUGACAGGCAAUCAGAUUUGUUCUACUCAAAACAUUUCUAUCUGAACGUUCUGUAACAUUACAUCCUCUUGAACAGGCCUCUGAUGCUGCAUGGGAGGUGCAUGGCUCCCGAACAACAUUAGAAUGAGUAAUUGGUGUCCUCAACUCUAAAAGUUUGUAGUAGCAAAAAUCAUUUUGGGUGCCGGGUUCAAAAGGCAAAAUACACUGGACAAAAGGAAAAAUCUGCACUCACUGAAAUAUUCUUGAAGUUUUAAUGUAUUUUUUUAGCAGCAGAGCGUUAUGGCAACAGCCUUCGCCUGAACAAUAUUAUUUUAUUCUCCACUAACAUCAGAUGUCCAAUCCCUUCUGUUAACAAACUAGUCACUUAUCCUCACCCUCUCUUCCUAACCUUCACUAACCAUUGUUGA